ACGGCUCCAGUUAGGAGUCGUGCAUGUAGGAAGUGUUUCUGUGUCGUCGUUGUUCGGACCGUUUUCCGGAGUUCUGCUCGGUUCUGCGCGCUGUGUGCGGCUUACAGACUGCAUAGCGUGCAGACCACAGACCACACAGACUACAUGGCUCCGCUGCGGAUCCUCUGUGUUCACGGGUACCGGCAGAGCGGCGGCUCUUUCCGGGAGAAGACCGGGGCUCUGCGGAAGCUGCUCCGCCGACACGCCGAGCUGGCCUUCAUCACCGCGCCGCACCAGGUCCCCCCGAACCCCGCUCACAACUCUCAAGAUCAAGAGAAAUCCUCCGAUGUGAGUGAUGAAGAUCAGAGGGGCUGGUGGUUCUCCGAUGUCCAGGCACGCAGCUUUGACGCCAGGCAGGAGUGCGAGAGCAGCCUGGGUCUAGAGGAGAGUCUGGAUGCCGUGCGGGUGGCGUUGAAGGACAUGGGCCCAUUUGAUGGCAUUUUGGGCUUCAGUCAGGGCGCCGCCCUUGUGGCCAUGGUAUGUGCGCUGCAGGAGCGGCAACUGGAGCCUGCUUUUAACUUCCGCUUCGCUAUCCUGGUCGCAGGGUUCCGCAGUGCCUGUGCCCAGCAUCAGCACUUCUAUGAGGACCUUCAGAUCACUCUGCCUUCCCUGCACGUAUUUGGACAGGAAGACAAAGUGAUCCCGGAGCGGAUGAGCCGAGACCUGCUGCCUGUGUUCCCUGGAGCUCAUGUCCUUACUCACCCAGGCGGACAUUUCAUUCCUGCGGCCUCUGCCCAUAGACAGAUCUACCAGGAAUUUCUACAGAGGUUUCAGUAGGAGGAGGAGGAGGAGGGACGAGAAGCCUUUAUCUAAGACUUUCUGAAUAUCCUUUAUUUUGGGAAACUGUGCAUAUGUGGCAAGUUGUCUGUGAAAAGUCUGUGAACUAACGUUUUCCUGAAGUUCUCAGGGAGCAGAUGCAGGAAUAAAGAAAGCGAAAUGUUUAAAUA